ACCGUGAAGUUUCCGACUUAUCUAUAUUUCAGUGACAUCGAUACGGUCAUAAAACGAGCGAAUAAGACCGAAUUUGGACUGGCAGCUGGAGUGUUCUCAAGGGAUGUGUCGAAAGUGAUGCGUAUUGCGGACAGAUUACAAGCCGGUACCGUGUUCAUCAACACCUAUCAGAAAACCGACGUCGCUGCUCCAUUUGGUGGAUUCAAACAGUCCGGCUUUGGAAAAGACCUCGGUGCCGAGGCGUUGAACGAGUAUCUACAGACGAAAACGAUCACAUUGGAAUAUUAA